CCGGACUGACUCCUCCACCAGUCGAGGAUAGCUCUGCUGACACAAGUCUUCCCCGUCCCAUCUCGUCGAGCCGCUGUCCCGUUACCAUGGAAACCCCGAUCCAGAAGCGAAGCGGGCGCGAGUCCAGCGGGCGCGAGUCCGGCGGGCGCAUGCGGUCGCCGGCGCGCAUCACACGGCUGCAGGAGAAGGAGGACCUCUGCAACCUCAACGACCGGCUGGCGGUCUACAUCGACAAGGUGCGCUCGCUGGAGUCUGAGAACGCCGGGCUGCGGAUGCGCGUCAUGGAGUCGGACAUGGAGGUGACCCACCAGCUGUCCGGGGUGAAGGUCGCCUAUGAGACGGAGCUGGCGGACGCUCGCAAGACCCUGGACCAGGUGGCCCGGGAGCGCGCCCGCAUCGAGCUGGAGCUGGGCAAGAUCAGGGAGGAGCACACGGAGCUCAAAGCCAGGAACGGUAAGAAGGAGUCCGAUCUGGAGGCGGCGCUGCUGCGUCUCAGGGACCUGGAGGCUCUGUUCAACUCUAAGGAAGCCUCGCUGGCCACCGCCCUGGCCGAGAAACGAUCCCUGGAGGCCCUGGUCAAGGACCUCAGUGCCCAGCUGGCCAAGUCGGAGGCCGGGCUGGCGGACGCCCGAGCUAAGCUCCAGGAGCAGAUGUUGCAGAGGGUGGACGCUGAGAACCGCCUGCAGACGCUGAAGGAGCAACUGGAUUUCCAGAACAGCAUCUAUGCCGAGGAACUGAAGGAGACUAAGCAUCGCCACCAGUCUCGUCUGGUGGAGCUGGACAGCGGGCGCCAGGUGGAGUUUGAGAGCAUGAUGGCGAGCGCGCUGGCAGACAUGCGGGUCCAACACGAGGAGCAGGUCGCCCUCUACAAGGAGGAGCUUGAGAGGACCUACACCUCCAAGCUGGAGAACGCGUGCGUGUCGGCGGAGAGGAGGAGUCAACAGAUGGGAGUGUCUCAGGAGGAGCUGAGCGAGGGCCGCCUCCGCAUCGACAGCAUGAGCGCCCAGAUGGGCAAGCUGCAGAGCCAGCUCUCCUCGCGGGACGCCCAGCUGCGGGACCUGGAGGAGGAGCUGCGGAGGGAGAGGGAGGUGUGGAGGAGGCGCCUGGAGGAGAAGGAGCAGGGCAUGGCGGAGAUCCGCAGCCGGAUGCAGCAGCAGCUGGACGACUACCAGGAGCUGCUGGACGUGAAGCUGGCCCUGGACAUGGAGAUCAGCGCCUACCGCAAGCUGCUCGAGGGGGAGGAGGAGAGGCUGAGUCUCUCCCCCAGCUCCACCACCAGGGUGACGGUCAGCCGGAGCUCCGCCUCCGGCCACAGCCGCUCCAUGCUCUCCGGGGGGCUAGUGUUCUCGACCCCCCCCCCCGUCGUCUCCUCCAGCCGCUCCUCCUCCAGCCAGGCCAAGAAGCGUCGCCUUGACGGCACCAGCGUGGCGGUGGCGGUGGCGGUGGCGAGCGGCGUAGUCUCGGGCGGGGCGGGGGCAGGCGUGGCGGUGUCCGGGGGGGCGGUGUCCGGCGGGGGGGCGGUGUCGGGCGGGGCAGCGGCGAUGGCGGAAGUGGUGGUCACCAGAACUAAGAUUACCCAGAAUGCCUCGGCCAGCGGGCGCGUCACCGUGGACGAGGUCGACAUGUAUGGCAAAUAUGUCCGCCUCAGCAACAAGUCAGACGAGGACCAGCCCCUUGGUCAUUGGAUGAUCCAGAGGAAGGAGGGGAGCAGCGAAACUAUCAGCUACAAGUUCCCACCCAAGUUCAUCCUGAAGGCUGGAGCCGCCGUCACAGUGUGGUCAUCCGGAGGCGGAGGGGUCCACAGCCCCCCCACAGACCUGGUCUGGAAGACCCAGACGUCCUGGGGCACUGGGGACAUGAUGGAGACCCUGCUGAUCAACACGGGUGGAGAGGAAAUGGCGAUGAGGAAGGUGACCCGCUCCUUGUUCCAGGAGGGUGACGAUGAGGAGGAGGCGGAGGAGGAGGGCGCUCACGAGUACUACCUGCGCAGCAGAACGGUCAUUUGUGACUCGUGCGGCCAGCCGUCCGAACGCGACUCCUGCGGCGGCGGCGGCGGCGGCGGGCUGCCAGAGGGCAUGGUUGGACAAUCAUUUAUCUUUGGUAACAACCAACGCAGCAGACAGGGGGCGCUAAAGGCAGAGUCAUGCUGCGUCAUGUAGAGACCCUCCUCUUCCUCAACCGAAAAAAAUAUGCUGGAGUUUGUACUAAAGUUUCUUUCUUAUAAAGUUUUCUUGUUUGUGAAGUGAAUCUAUGUUUUAAAAACGUUAACGUGAACUAAAUUUAAAUCAAAGCUUGAGUAAUAUUUCAUAAAGUUGAGGAUGUACCUCUAAAGGUUAAGGGUUCAAAGUUUACUAGAGGAUAGUAAAACUUGUAGUUUGACGAUAAGGUAAACUGUAUACCUAGCAGUAAAAAGCUAGCAACAGUAAAUGUAUUUUUUGAAAAUUAGAUUAUGGUUCUGGAAGGUCUGACCCAGAAGUUUAUGUUACUCAGGAUCCAAGCUGGAUAUUUUUGUUGAGUUACCAAAGUCUAAAUGUAACAAAAUAACGGUAUCAAUUAAUAAUUGUGGUCCUCGUGGUAACGUGAAAAGCAUCUUUCAUUUAAAUAGUCUACUUCUCUAUACUUGGAAGUAAAAAUAUAUUCUUAUAUUAUACUUGUGUUUUAUACAUUAUCUCUACGGACGCUAACUAGGUUGUUUCCUUCAUGGAGCAUCUAGGGGGAGGAGCUGUAGGUCAAAUGGACAGCACCGGGUCAUGUGACUAGUGUGUUGGGGAGCUUUCAGGAUAGGGUUAGGGUUAAAUAUGAUGGUGAGAGUGUUAAAUGGUUAGUGCUUUGUGGGGGUUAGGGGGAUGCUUUCGGACUUUGAGACUUAUAUAUUGUCUGGCAGCUUUAACUGAUUCUACAAGUCAUUCUUCAGUUCUCAUUAUUUUUACACCUUUUGCAUUUGUACUGUACUUUUAUACCAUUAGCUAGAUUGGUUUGAGUAUCCAUGGUCGAGUGAAGGGCCUUUAAAGACUUGUGAAAUGACCAGUCAAUAUAAUACUGUGCUAUAUCCUGUCACUCUAAAAAAAAAUGAAACUAUUUUCAAUAUUUUGUCAUUUAAAAAGAGCAUUAAAAUUGUAUUUUUUUCAAAGUAUGCAUGCAUCUUUGGAGCUACAUUGCUUGUGUUUACAUUAAUAUGACCAAGUACAUUGCAGUCUAUCCCUGGCAAGGUUGCUUUUUUGGAAAGAUUUAAUUUGAGAAUGGGUAGAUAAAGAUCUAUUGAUUCAGCUCAGGUUCUUUUUUUGUUUAAAUGGAUUUCACGUUACAGUGAAAAGUCAUACAACUGCAACCAUGGGGUCAUGGGGCUUUUGAUUUUUUAAGAAAAAUGCAAAAUAAAGAAAAUACAGUUCCC